AUGGAUUCAUUUUUACGUCAUGCAGCUGAAGCCCUUCAUUCAAGUUGUAAAAGUAAAUGGAUUCUUGUUGUUGGGAAUGAAGCAUGUGAUCUAGAUAGUACAGCAUGUGCACUUGCCUAUGGAUUUUAUAAACAAAUGAAGCUUGAAAAUGAGUUCAUUGUUAUACCUGUAUGUAGUAUCAAUAGAGAGGAUAUGGUUUUGCGCACUGAAGUUACCUUUUGGCUUACUCAAUGUGGUCUCAAAUGGGAAGAGUUGAUUUAUCUGGAUGAUGUUUUCAAUGAAACCUAUUCAAAAGUGAAUGAAAAUGAAUUAUUUUUAAUUCUAGUUGAUCAUCAUUUACCAACGAAAAAGUUUAGUGAAUGGCCAACCAUUGAAAUAAUUGAUCAUCAUCAGUUAGUUAAUACUGAAACCGUUGAAAAUUGUCCUUUUAAGCAAAUUGAUCUUGUCGGAUCCUGUGCCACUCUAAUCACAUUCGAAAUUUUGAAAGAAAUGGAUGGUAAUUAUUUACCAAGCAAUGUAUGGAAGUUGCUUUAUGGUGCCAUACUUAUUGAUACAAUCGGACUUUCUAAUGCUGGUCAAAUGGCUGGACGAUUAACAGAAUUAGAUCUUCGCAUGGCUAAUCGUAUCGAAGAUAUCAUUUACAAUCAGAUUUUCACUCCAAAUGUUUCAAGAAAUUCCUUAUUUACUCAACUGGAAACAGCAAAAUUUACUGUUGAUGGGCUAUCUACAUGGAAUUUAUUACGUCGUGAUAUGAAAAUUGUUUCUAGUCCAAAUAAAGAUGCGUUCCAAUUUGUGUGCUCUACUGUAUCUGGAGUUGAUUUUACGGUGUUAAUUAAUUCUCCUGACUUUACUGAAGCAGCCAAUCAGAUAUGUGCUACAUACAAUGCCAAUUUACUUGUUUGUCUUACUGUUGGUUAUCCCUUAUCGGAAAGUUCAUCGAUACCUUCAUCGGAGUUGACAACUUUUCGAAGAAGAGCUCUGAUUUUGUAUAAUAUGAAUUUUCCUGCUGGACGUUAUAGUGAUCUGAUUAAAUUUCUCUUGAAUCCGAAGCUUGAUCUAGAUUUACUUCCUCAGUCUGUCCCUGAUUUCAGUCAUUUUAUAGCAAUUGUGAAUAAUGUCAGAAUGACACGUAAAAUCCUGCUACCUUUAUUGGUACAGUUUCUUCAGCAAUUGAGGUCUCCAAGUGAUACUGGAACUUCCGAUAACAAUUCCAAGAAUGAUAUCGACAAUAAUGAUGAUUGUAACAAUGUUGUUAUGGAGUCAGACACAAACAAUAAUAUCUCUUCAACAAAUACUAAGAGUUCACAUUCACUUGAUACAACUCCCAAGUGUUCAUCGGAUCUGAAAGAUAAGGUGAGGAAUGCUACUGAAUUUGCUCUAAAAGAUGUUAUUUCUUCUCUGAAGAAGUGGCUUUUACCUUUAAAUCCUCAUGAACGAUGUGAAUUUCUGAGAUCCUUUUGUCAAAGCUCUCUAAAAGCAAAUGAUAGUCCAUCACUGGACUUACUGAAUAGUUUAUGGACCAGUAUUUGGUAUGAAACUAGAAAAACUUCUAAAACUGUUAAAUCUGCCGUUGGUACACAAACACCUACACCGAAAUCAAUGUGGUUGAAGUCACACCAAACCAGACGUGUUGCGAGUAUGGUUCAAGGUAAUAGUUCAGCAAUAAAAACAAUUUCAGGUAAAAUGGGAGGGUUCAAAUCCGCUCGACGUUUUACCUUAUCAGAUACCAACGAUCUUACAUUAUAUAAUGAAAAUAUAUCUAAAGCUCGGGUUGAUCUCUCAUCAUCACGUUUUGUUCAUCGUAUAUCUGAUGAACAUUUAUGUGUUUCCGAUUCUGAAAAUACUAAACCAAGUUGGUUAGAGACUGAAUAUUUGACUCGCAUUCCUGCCUGGUUACCGUCUACUUUAACAUCAACUUCUUUAGAUUCAGCCGAAGCAGUCAGUUAUAGACUUUAUCGUCGUUUGUCAGGAAUGCCAUUGUCCAAGGAUUCCGAAGAUGAAGUGUCUUAUGGUCACACAUCGUUUCAAAGAGAUAAUCAUGAUGUUCACAUCAUACAUGAUAAAGAUCAGGACAUUGAUUAUAAUAAACUUGAAGAUGAUGAAUUAGCUUUACUUCGAACAUCACUUACAGAUUGUCGACAAUUGUUCAUAGAUAAACAAACAUCAACGUCUAAUUUAUCCAAUUAUACUAGCUGGCUUUCUAGUCAUCCGGAUCAUAUUACCGAACAAGGUCUUAAAUUUCUUAAGUUAGGUUUCGAUCUUCAGCCUGCGAAAACUGAAGAUAUAGGUAUGACACUAAAAAUGACUAAAUCAAUACUUAAUAACGAACAACAAAGUCACCCGUCUUUUCAUGUUACAUUUGAUCUUGGCUGUACAGAAGAUUCCAAAAUAAUGAUAUCAGACGAGACAGUGGAUGAAUAA